AGCUCGGCACGUGUGUCUCCAGUAAGUGUGGCUCUCAGCUGCCGAGGCGGAUGAUGAUGAUGGCGGAGCUGGUUCAGGGACAGGCCUCGGCGGCUCAGUCCGGAGUGACAGACGACUUCGCAGAGACGUUGCGCCGGGUCCGACAGAUGGCAGCCAAAAUGGGAGGAGACCAGGUGCCCGACAUGAGCAGUUCGUCUCCAGUCUUAGAUCCCUCCCUCUAUGGCUUUGGAACCCCAACACGCUCUCUAGACGAUGGAGUAGGGAAUCAUCACGGUACUAUGGUUCACCAAAGGGCUUUUUCAACAGAAGAAUUCCAAGUGCCUGAUAAAAUGGUGGGAUUCAUCAUUGGAAAGGGAGGAGAGCAAAUUUCAAGAAUCCAACUAGAAUCAGGUUGUAAGAUCCAGAUUGCUUCAGACAGUGGAGGCAUGUUGGACAGACCCUGCAGGCUGACCGGGAGCCCAGAAAGCAUUGAGCUGGCAAAGGCGCUCCUUAAUGAGAUCGUGGAGCAGUGUCGUUAUUGUCCAGGUUUCCACCGUGACAUGGACGGGAAUAGCUACAUCCAGCAGAUCCUGAUCCCAGCCAACAAAGUCGGCCUCGUCAUUGGCAAGGGAGGAGAGACCAUUAAACUACUGCAGGAAAGAACAGGAGUGCAAAUGAUGAUGAUUCAGGAUGACCCCAUGCCAACUGGAACAGAAAAGGCCCUGAGAAUCACUGGGGAUCCCCACAAAGUGCAGCAAGCUCGUGAACUUGUGGUGAAGUUUAUUCGGGACAAAGACCAGGUAGACUUCAGAACCGGCAGGGCUGACUUUGAAUCCAAAAUGGGUGGAAGCAGUUUGGAUGUGGCAGUGCCCAGAUUUGCAGUCGGCAUUAUCAUUGGCAGGAAUGGAGAGAUGAUCAAGAAGAUACAAAGUGAUGCUGGUGUCAGAAUCCAGUUCAAACAAGAUGAUGGGGUCAGCACAGAACGUGUUGCUCAGGUGAUGGGCCAGACUGAACACUGCCACCAUGCAGUUCACAUCAUCAACGAACUGGUUCAGACAGCUCAAGAGAGAGAUGGAUUUGGUGGCAUAACGGGACGUCGAGGACGAUUUGACUGUACCCUAGGAGCGCAAGCAGGUCUGCGGGAAGUGACGUAUGCAGUACCUGCUGAUAAGUGUGGCCUUGUGAUCGGCAAAGGUGGAGAUACCAUAAAGAACAUCAAACAGCAGUCUCAUGCCCACGUGGAGCUGAAGAGAAACCUGCCGCCCAACACUGACCCCAACUUGCGCAUCUUUUCCAUCCGAGGAACCUCUCAGGAGUUGGCAAAGGCCCGUCAGCUAAUCGAUGAGAGAAUUGGGAAUACACCAAUGGGGCCUAACAGCAGCUUCAAUAUGAAUCCUUACAACCAAGGACCAACUUCUCAUGCACCUCCGGCUUUCAUGACUGGAGCAUGGGGCACAACUUUUCAGAUCUGGCAACCUCAAGGCCAACAGGACCACAGCCACAAUGGAUCCCAGACGAGCCAGAUGGAGUGGGAGCAGUAUUAUAAAAAGCUAGUACUUCAGCAAAACCAAGCCCAAAGCAAUGCUCCCGAAUGCAACAAAGUUUGGGGUCAGACAGCUGGAACUCAGCAGACCUCUAAUCCUGACUUCAGCAACUGGCUUGACGCAUACAGACAGCCAAUGCCCUUCUUCAACCAGGGCACUCAGGAGACACAAGCCCCAGGCCUUCAGGAUCACUAGAGAGGACACCCUGGUUAGACUUGAAUCACUGAGAGGCUGAAAACAUCCCUUCUUUUAACAGAGGGGCUCUAGAUUUACAACGCCUUGAAGACUUUUUCUUAGCGAGAAACACUAGCUGUAGAAUGAAUUGUAUGAUAAAGUAAUAUUUCUAAAAUCAGGAACAUGUAUUUGUUACUAAAUGCUAAUGCACACUGUUAUUUUGGAUAGACAGUAUCUGGGAUCCCUUUAUGGACUUGAGAGAACUGUUUUUGUUUUCUAUUUUCCUGUCUUGACUCGGAUUGUAACUGCCAAAAUAAACCCAAGAGUUGUAACAUUUCAAAAGGCAAUAUGAACUAAUUUUCUUUGUUAUUUGGAAAUGAAACCAUUACCUUCUUUUGUGCUUAGCAGUCUUGAAUACAGUUUUGUCAUAUGUCAAACAAUGUUUAGUGUUUUAAACUGCUUUUCCUUUGACAUGAUUCAUUGAAAUAAAACUGGUGUUUUGUUACAGGAAAUGUUUUACUCUUCUUUUUUUUGUUACAAAGUUUGAAAAAAAAGUAUCAGCCAGUGACAAAAGUCUUUAUUUAAUUCCUCUUGUGCAUUGUAUCCUGUUUUUAAUUGUCAUUUUGUUGUACUCUGUUUUAAAGAAAAGGUGCAAUAUCUUAUUUCACUUUUGAAACAAAGAUGGGUUCUCUAAUAUUUUGACAAACUUUUCACUUUUAGUUUUGAAGAUGAUUUUUAUUUCUUCCUUUUUUUCAAAUAGAAAUGUCAUGGAUAAUUUAUUACAGUGAUCUGAUAGGAUUUAGGGGGAUGUUGCAAAUAGCUUUUUGCGUUUACUACCUUGUAAAACUAUGUAUAUAUGCUCGUAUUUGACUGUUAAUUUAAGAUAUAUACGUUUCAUAUAUAUAUAUAAAUAAACUUAUAUAAAAUUAUUUUUUUUCCUGUGAUAACAGUUGCAGGAAACAUGUCCCUCAUUUUCUGUUCUGUUUUUCUUACUGAAAAUGUUCAAAGAUUGUGAAUGUGUGAUUUGAAAUUUGAUGUUGCAUCUUGUUAUGAAGAAAAACAAGAAGUGGUAGAUUUUCCUUUUUGUUUUUUCUUUUUUUGUGUAUACUUCGUACCUGAACUAUUCAAGACUGCUAAGCUUCUGCGAUUCGUACCUGUGUAAUAAUUAAUGUAGUAUUUUUGUGUUUUAAGUAUUAUGAUCAAAAAAACAGUCUUAUUUGGUACCUCCCAGUUCAGAGUCCUCGCAGUGGACUUGGUUUAAUUAUUUUUUUUUGUGUGAUCUAAUAUAAAUGAUGCAUUGUGAUGGAGAAUAAUUCUGGUAUUAAUGUCACUUCUUAAUGAAAAGGGAUAUAAUUUCAAAAUGUCUGAUUAUGGUGGGUUUUUUCUUUUUCUUUUUUCUUUGUGUGUACAGUUAACAGGUGUAUUAAAAACAUCCAGACUACC